AUGCUCCAUUGUCUCCGGAAAAAAUGCCACUACACUCUUGCCAUUGCUCUGAUCCUCGUCUUGCUCUAUCCGUUCCGUUCAACGAUCCUUCCUACCGAAGUGACCGUUCCAGAGCCUAUUCAAUCUCGAAAGCUCUCAGCUUAUGAGCUUCUCUCACGCCCUGUUGCGAAGGAUUGGACCACUAUCCCCAAGAUUAUCCAUCAAACAUGGUUCCCUGCUGGCAGCAACAUGUCUCAAAACGCCCAGUCCUGGGUGCAAACUAUAAUAGAUCACCAUCCAGACUGGGAGUAUGUGCUCUGGGAUGACGAAACCAAUGAGCUUCUAGUUCAGCAAUAUUUUCCGUGGUUCUUGGACACAUAUCGUGCGCUUCCUAAAGAGAUUAACAGGGCAGAUAUGGUUCGGAAUUUCUAUAUGUAUCUGUUUGGGGGAAUGUAUGCCGACGUCGACACAGAAGCCCUCCGUCCUGUGGAUCCUUUAUUUGCCGGUCACUCCGUUUCUCUCGCAUCGCAUUGGGAUGUCAUUUCGUCCGCCGCACCCGCACAGAACAACCCAGUGCAGCGCGCGUUCCUUGGGCGCAUGGCGCACGCAGCUGAUAUAGAGAGCUCCGCCGCGGUUCCUAACGGCUGGAUGGCUUCACCACCAGGCCAUCCAUUUUGGCUCCUUCCUGUUCUUUACGUCCUUGAGAACCCCAAAGGCGGCGAUGGCAAGAGAGAGAGAGAGAUAGAGAUGUACUCCAAAUCGACCCUCAGCGAGCGGGCAGCAUGGAAGAUCAUAUUCCUCACACUAUCCUGGAUUGUCUGGUCAAAUCUAACGAUCCUAUUCAAUAAAUGGAUCCUGGAGUCGACUGGGUUUCCUAUUAUCCUCACAAGUUGGCAUCUCAUAUUCGCCACUGUUGCAACUCAAGUCCUCGCGCGAACAACAAGUAUCCUCGAUGGCCGCAAGACAAUCACCAUGGACACCAAGGUCUAUCUCCAGAAGAUAGCCCCAAUCGGUCUCUUAUACAGCGGCAGUCUCGUCUGCAGCAACAUCGCCUACCUUUACCUGAAUAUCUCCUUUAUUCAGAUGCUGAAGGCGGCCGGCCCAGUCGUCACCCUUCUCACCAGCUGGUUCUGGGGCGUCGCAGAACUCUCCGCCGCCAAGGUCGCAAACAUCCUCAUCAUCACCCUCAGCGUUGCCCUCGCCGUAUCAGGCGAGAUCCAGUUCUCCUGGCUGGGCGUGGGGUUCCAGCUCGCGGCGCUAGUCUUCGACGCGAACCGACUGAUCAUGAUCCAGAUUCUCCUGUCGGAUAAUGACGGGCAGAAGAUGGAUCCGCUGGUUAGUCUGUAUUACUCUGCGCCGGUCUGUGCGCUGAUGAAUUUGUUUCUGGCGUGGAGGACGGAGUUUGCGACGUUCCAGUGGAGUGCUGUUGCCGAGACGGGGGUCGGGAUGUUGCUGCUUAAUGCAAUUGUGGGGUUCAUGUUGAAUGUGUCGGUGUUUACCCUGAUCGGCAAGACAUCCGGGCUUACCAUGACGCUGGUCAGCAUUCCCAAGAACGUUCUGUUGAUCUUGGCGUCAAUUGUCAUUUGGCACACUCGCAUCUCUUUCCUGCAAGGCGUUGGCUAUAGUAUCGCUUUGCUGGGGUUGGUAGUUUAUUCCAUGGGAUGGGCGCGGAUCAAGAGCUACGUUCAAGCUCCGCGCAAGGACGAGCCAUCAAGUCUGGUCUAA